CAAAAAUUUCCAUUUGGGUGUCAUUUCAAAAACGACAACAAAAACAUUUUUUGACGUAUGCAAAUGUAGCACAUUUGUAAAUCUUGAAUUGAAAAAUUUAGAAUUUCGAAUAGAAUAAAUUAUUUUAACAUUCCAUACCAAUUUUCUGCUACCAAGUAACAAUGGAAGGGAUAACCCAGAAAUAUAUUUGCAAUCUUAAGUGAUUUUGAAUAUGGAAUUAAAGGUUUGGGUUGAAGGUAUACAAAGAAUUGUAUGUGGUGUUUCAGAAACUACUACUUGCCAGGAUGUGGUAUUUGCUCUGGCUCACGCUACAGGCAAAUCUGGUAGAUUUACCCUUAUUGAGAGAUGGAGAAAUAAUGAACGACAACUUGCACCCCAGGAAAAUCCAAUGAAGAUUUUACUAAAAUGGGGUGAAUAUUCUAAUGAUGUGCAAUUCAUUUUGCAAAGGAAUGAUGGUAGUAAAACUCCCAUUCCAAACAAUAAAACCAAACCACUUAAUGUUAACCCGGUAACAUCCCCAAACUCAAGUGAUGUUUCCAAGGAAUGUAACAGAUCAUUUCAGUUCAGCGGUUCACAUAACCAUAACUGUGGUUCUGAAAAUGUUGGAGUUGUCAGAGGUGUUCAGCAACAAGUUAGAACAGUACAGUUGGAAGUUCGUGAGCCCUUGUAUUGCAAUUCAGUAAGCAAUUCUCCCAAAAAAGGAAGUUUUUGUGGCUCUGAUCAUUCAUCAGAAUCUCCUAGUCAUCGGGUGGCGCCUCCCUACAAAGACCCGCCUGCCCCUCCUCCAUACAGAGAUCCUCCACCUCCUACCUCAAAUAUUAACCAAGACAAAUUCAAGAAAAAUAUAUUUCAGGAUACAACCAGGCUCCAGAAAGAUUGGCAUGAUAACAGAAACAAGUCUCCAGAAAAUGGCAUUUAUUCUGCCCAAUAUCGAGAAUUGAUCUCUCUAAUUAACUAUCAAAGAGAAAAAUUAAACAAUCAACAUACAGAUCUUACCAAAUAUGAUGCAGAAAUUGUGUACUGGGAAAGUAAAGAAAAGGAAAAACAACAUCAACUAGAAUUGUUAACUCAGGAAUAUAUAAAAAUUUCAAAUGUCACAAAAACCAAUCAAGAACAAAUUCAGGCUUUGUCCUAUGUUGAGGAAGAAGGAGAAAUAGCAAAACAGCAAGAAAAAACUCUUAAAUCGGAGUUAACUCUUUUAAGGUCUAAGUUGGCUAACUGUGAAACAGAAUUGUUGCAGUGCAAAAAUAAAAUUAGGUUACUUAUGGAUGAGUUACACUUAGAACAGAGGAUGCAAAGCAAAAAAUCUGAAUCCCGGAAACAGGUAGAAAGGAGUCUGCUGCUUGAGAUGGAGAGAUUACAAAAAGACGUUGAACUGGCAAAACAAAGUGCUGAUCUGCAUCAUUUGACAGCAGAAACACUUAAGAAGGAGGUGGGAGCCCUGGAAAUUGCCAUAAUAGAAAAAAAGAAGCAAGUAGAACAGUUAGUAACUGAAAUGAAAGAGGCCAAUUUACAAAGUCUGAGUAUUUCUCCACCUGAAGAUAUCCGGCAAAUAAUAGAGGGACCAACAAAAGCUGGGACCACCCGGAAAAUGAUUGGGUCUCCAAGACAACUCGAAAAUGCUGUACCAACAAGUAAAAACCCGCAUGGGGUGUGGGUAUAGGUAUUUUAGCUCCAUUAAAUGGUUUAUCUGAAGUUUACUACAUACACUGUUUUUUGUGACUGACUUCCUAAGUAACAUUUCAGCUUAAUGUUAUUUUUGCUAAAGUGAACAUUACAAUUUUUUAGCAAUCCUUCAUUCUACCCAUGUUAAAAGUGAAGAAAGCCUCAUACACUGGACAAAAAAUAAAUAAGUCUAAGAAAAAAAACUACUUGUUGUGCAUAUUAAGUUGUACUGUGUGGCAAAGGCCUGUAAUUUAAGAAUACUUUAAUUUUCCAAAGUUUAUCUGCUAAUAAUUUAUAUUGUUGGUAUUUCAGUUUUGCCUUACUAAUUUUUAGUUAAUAAUUAAUUUAAAUUAAUAAAUAUUUUCGCGUGGUGAAUAAGAACAUCUAUUACACUGCAAAAUCUAAGAAAUCAAAGAAAAGAAUAAAAAAUAAAUUGAGUUCAAAUCAAUUCCACAACUGAAAUUAAUAAUUGUAGGUGUUGCUGUUCUUUCUCUGCUUUAAGUAUUCUGACGGAUAUCGACAAUUUCUUUUCUGAACAUGCUUGUGAAAGUACACUGCUUAAUCUCCAGUUUGUAGUUUUUUUUAUAAAUUAAUAUUUUUCAAUAAUUUAACAAAAUGAAGCUUAAAGUGGUGCAUGUUUAUAAGUGCAACAGCGGCAGAACCAUUUUCGGUCUUCGAAUUUGAGUAUGAAGUUGUCCAUGCCAUUAUAUGUCAGCUUAUUGGCUUCCAGCAGGAAUAGCCAGAGUUAAAGCAGAAGUUGUAUGGAACUGGAACCAUAUCGAAUCACAACUAAACUAAUUUUUUCCAUAAUAAUUAUAAAUUUGCCUUUGUCGUCACAGAUAACAUCUAUGUUUGAAUCGGUCAUAAUUUGCUUUAAAUCAAACACAUAUUAUUAUGUGUGUAUCACAUCUUGUUAUACUGUUGAAUAAGUCUGGUUAAUUUUGUUUGGUAGAUAAUACUAAGCACUCUGCUUAAAUCUGGGAUAAUAGAACAUUUGAAAUAUAGCUGUAAUAUACACGUGUAUUUAUAAUGAUGGCUGUAUAUGUUACAAUUAAAGUGAUAUAAGAAAUUGUAUUCUAGGUAUGGAUAAGUCAACAAUUUAUCACUUUAUUAAAUUGAUUGUUCGGAUAUGUGUACAAUAGCAAAUAAGUAGGAAAAAAAUGUGAGUUCAGAUGCUGCUGACUUACAACUAGAUGUUUUUAAUCAUAGGUAUUGUAAUUUCCAUAGCCGGGUUUUAUUGUAAAAGUGGGCGAAAAUUGUAGUAUAAACGAUCAUUUAUUUAUUGUUAAGUGAUUGGAUAUUUUACACGUGAGUUGAAAUGAUCUGUUAUCUUUAGUUUAAGAGAUUUUAUACAUACACUUUAUUUAUGCACAUUUAUUUAUAUUUAUUUGACACUGCCAUAUUUCACUAAAUAUCACAGUAUGAUCAUUGUUUUCUUUUAUUUUUUUAUUGAAAUAAAUGUUACGUACAUCACA